AUGUAUCGUCAUGGUAGAGUCCCUACUGUUGAGGAAUUCCAACUCCUGCAGGACCAUUUUGGUUUCUUACCAAAGCAUGGUGUAAUGAUUCCAAAAAGGGGGGUAUCAAUCUACGAUUGCCCUCAAGAGAAGGUGGGGGUUCCAAUCCCUUUAUUCAAAGUGAGAUUACGUGUGCCGACAUCUAAUUUCUUCAACAUGAUCGUGGACCACUAUGGCUUCUCUGUUGAUGAGUUGACUUCGAGCGCCAUCAACUCAAUCGUUGGUUUUGAACUGGUUUGUCGAUCUUUGGGUUGUAUCCCCACCUUCUGGGUUUUUAGUUUCUACUUUUGUUCAACUACGAAUUCUAGUGUUCUUACUUUGUCAAAAAGGUGGGGCAUUCAUCAACUAAUCUCUGAACAGGACAUCCCGAAGAAAAAUUGGCAAAGGAAAUGGCUCUGGGUUAACCGCGACCUUGUGGGGCGUGGAUUUAUUAAAACACGAGAGUUUCUUGAUCAUAUUCCCAAAUUCUUCGGGAGUAACCUAACCCUCGACAUGAGAUUAGGAAACAAUAAUGUUGUUGGAAAGAACUGGGAGGAUUCCAUUCUUGUAGCGGUUGGUAUGAGUGCCACUUGGAAAAAGGGAGAAAGAACAACAUUAUCUUACGAAUCCUUAUACUCAACUUUUAUUUUCAUAUGUGUUGAAGCCGAGAUUUUGUUGGAGAUGGCCCUGCGCGGUCACUACUGGGGGGAAAAUGCUAGUUCUAGCGAGCUUGCAUUGCCCUCCCAGCCGGCCAUUGAGGUUGUUUCCCUGGCUCAUCCGUUGAUUUCUGCCCCUUCUGGUUUGCCUGUGGGGGUACAAGUUGGGAGAGUUACUACUCUUGUUCGUAAAAGGCAAAGUUUGCGUGUUGUGCCGUUGUCAAAUGAGGAGACAAAAUUCCACGAUGUGGGUCUUCAUCCUCGUAAAGUGCACAGGACUGUAUCUAUGGCCAGGCUUCUUGGAAGCAUCAGGGAUUUUCUUGGCAACAAUUUCGAAUCAUCUGUCCAGAAAGAUAAAGCGGUGAUCCCUGAUUUUGCGACGUCACCUCCCCUGUCAUUUACUACUACCUUCCCGAUUGAUCUUAGUUCUGACUCCACAUUUGGGAGUGCAUUGGGUUCGCCUGGAGAUAAUGGGGUGGACGAAAUUUAG